AUGACCAAACUUUCACCCAAUCGGAAAGUUUCCUGUCCAUCUACAAUGAAACCUGAGCCUCCUUGCACCAAUCUGACUCCUACCUCAUCUUCACACAAUACAUCUGCAGCAGCCACAACACCAACAAGUGCCGUACCGGGCUCAAUGACCACUCAAUCAAGUUGUAUGCGGGAAGAUGUGACCACACGAAAUGUCCGUUCCACGGCAUCUGCCUCCUCGACCUCAUCUUCUCGAUCCUCCUGUUCAUCCGCAUCGUCCACUGUGGACGUCGGAGCGAACUCACAUGCCAUCCCCUCAGGCCCGUCGGACUCGAUUCCGGGACCGAUGAUGCCCGGUGCCGGUGAUUCCACUACCUAUCCCUCAUCUUGUCCCUCGUCCAAUCAAUCCGUCAAUUUGAAUCGACCUCCGCACUCCGGCAGCACACCCACAUCGAUUGAUCCUGGACUGGGACAAGAUAGUUUAAGAUCGAACACAACCCCUUAUACAAAUAACGGUAACAAUACCAAAUGUACAGAUGUAACAAACGGGACUACCAAUUCGUCACAUCAUUCAUCCCUAACUGCCGGAAUCAACACAUCCACAGGGACAACGGGUGAAGAGGAUUAUCAUACAAACACAGCAUACUCCACACCGUCCAACUCGACUCCCUAUGGAUCGGCAGCCGGACAACGGUUAUCAACACAUCCGGGCACAAUACCCACACAUUCCAGUCCAGCUCCACCCAGUGGAGGACGUCAUGUUCCGACCGCACCGCCGCUGAGUUCGGCUAUGGGAGUGCACUCGUCCUUACGAUUCGAUGCGGAUCUACAGAAAGCACGAACAUCAGUAUAUGAGUAA